UUUGCGAUGAGGUCUUGGCUCCUGGUUUUUCCGCUCCUAAGUGUUCUGCUGGUGGGAUCGGCUAGCGCCGAUGAUAAUCCCUGCCAGGAUGUGCGUCUGCCGGGCUUCGUGUGCCUGAACUGCACCACUUUGGGAUACUGUCUUCGCAAUGCCACCGGCGGCUGGGAAACCGUAUCGAUGCUGGGCUGCCAGUCAACUCAGAGCUUCUACUGCAGCGACGAGGGAACCUUCGGCUGCACCUGGCAGGCCCAGUGCCGGGUGCCCAAGAGGGGCCCCUUCAACUGCCAGCAGGCGGGGGUCUUCCCCGAUCCCUAUGACUGCCGGAAGUACCACGAGUGCAGCGACCAGGGUGUGGAAACCCCUCGUCUGUGCUCGAACGGGGCUGGCUACUCCUCUCUCGAGGAAUCCUGUGUCCUCUCCCGGGCGAGUGAGCAGUGCACCAAGCAGCAGUACACCUGCGAUCGAUCUGGCCAAGUGGGUGGCUGGCAGGCGGACAAUCGGUACUUCUAUGUCUGCGCCAACGACACCCCCAGUUCCCUGUAUCCACUGAUGAUGAAGUGCCGCGAGGGUUUCGUCUUCAACGGCUACAGCUGUGUUCCGGAAACUCGCUCCAUAGGUGGGGGAGUGCAAGUCAGGGAGGCCAAGAAGUGUGUGGAUAACGCCCGGUACGAAUGUCCCUUCCGCACUUCCGAGAUCGAGUAUUGCAAAUGCGUCGCCGGGGAACUGGAGGUCAUCACCUGUCCAGCUGGCUUCCACUUCGAUGCCAGGAUCUUGACCUGCGUGAGUGAGAGGGUCCAUCAGUGCAGGGACUUCGAGGUCCUCAGCUGUCCCAACACCACCUCUGGCGAUGAGUACUGUCUGUGCAUCGAAAACCAACUGCAGAUCUAUAGCUGUCCAGUGGGGCACUACUACAAUGCUGAGAUCUCCAAGUGUCAAGAGGUUUAAAAUGAAAAAUAAAUGUCUAUAAUAAAUCGUAUAAAAUAAAGGGAUAUUCAAAAUGAUUUCAUUGCGA